GACUGACGGUUUCGGAAAACUCCGUUGCGUUCAGCUAAUCAACGGCGGAUUGCGAACUUUUUUCACCGUGUCAAUCUUUUGUUCGAUCAUUGUCGGGGCAAGCGUUCUCUUUCAACUCUUCGUCAACUUUGACAAGACCUCUGGGAAGCUUGACUCUCUCAUAGCAUAUUUCCUUUCUUGGAUGUCUUGUUGAGACAGCAUGUCGCAUGGCUGCCAACCUUGUUAGCCCCGGCCACGUCGCAUCCGGAUCGGAUCAACAACCCUUCAAUCUUGGCGUGUACUACCAAAAACAAUACCGGGCAGCAUUCAGGGCAGCACUUGAAGCCGGCGAGGUGCGGCCGCUGGUCAUCCCUUGGUCUUUCGUUGGCAGCUUCUUCCUCCCGCUUCUGUACCUCAGCAUCCCCCACGUCAACCGGCCAUGGCUGUACCACAUGCGCUGGCUUGUCGCCGCGGCCGUCAUCUAUCUCAAUGUCCGUCUCUUACAGACCACCUCCGCAAUCAACGAAGCCGUGGCAUACGCGACCGGGUUGUUGGCGGCGUGGGGAACCAUUAACGCCCUGAGACUGCUCAUCUUCACGCGGCCGCAAUGGGAUGCAGCGAGGGUGGAGAGGCGGCCCAGACGGCCUGGAGUCGGGUUGAAAGAAGGAAUGGAAAAGCAAACAGCCAUGGUGUCGCCAGACGAGAGCGUAGGCACCUCGCUCGCACAUAGCGAGUAUUUCUGGCAACCCUUCCCGGCCACGGGGUCUUUGCUCGCCCGCCUAGGCUGGACCGCCGACUUGAUCACCGCAUUCCGCGGGGCAGGCUGGAACUGUUCCAUUUCCUCGAUUCCGCACCCCCCGUUUCCGCCCAAGAAGGCCCUGGAGGGCGAGCCCGUCCGGCUGGAUCUCGUUCCUCUAGCAUCCCGCACCGGCACCGCUCGCUCGUCAACCUACGCGUCUUUUCUCCGCUCCCGCCUUCUAGAGUUUAGCCUCUCCUACCUUACAAUCGACCUGUUGACCACCACCAUCCGUCGAGACCCUUACUUUGUUCUCGGGCCGGACUACAGAUUACACUCCUACCCCCUUCCGGCAUUUUACUCCCGUCUGCCAUUCCCGCAGCUCACCAUCUCGUUCCUUCUGAGGAGCCUGCCCGCUCUGGCGGGUAUCAUAGCCGGUCUCCACCUUUACUACUCCUUUCUACAGCUCACCAUCGUCUUUCCCCUGCGUAGCCUGUUUGGCGUACGCGCUGAGCUCUGGCAGCACCCGAGCCUCUUCGGCGGCUUUGUCCCUUCGGUUCUCGACAGAGGACUGGCAGGAUUCUGGGGUGGGUGGUGGCAUCAGACUUUUCGAGCGGGAUUCGUUGCGCCAGCGAGGUGGCUCCUGCGUCAACACGGUCGUGUUCAUCAUCAUCAUCAUCAUCAUCACCACCACCAUCGUCACCACAACCAAUCACAUACAAGCAUCCGAGAGAAUAAGACGGCCCGAAUGCUGCUCAAGUCAUUCCUCGCCUUCACCCUGAGCGGCCUUGUCCACUCGGCCGGCGGUCACACCUCCGUGCCGGAAACUACCCGCUUUUGGACGCCCAUCGUCUUCUUCGUCCUGCAACCCGUGGGCAUCAUCCUCCAGGCUGCCGCUGCCUCCCUCGCCAAGCGUCUCGCCUCCUCCGUCCUCGCCCGCUCCGAAGCAACCGCUGCAGCCGGCCACGGCGCUCCCAAGAAGAGAAUCCCCCGCUGGCUCUGCCGCACUGCCAACCUCCUCUUCACCACCCUCUGGCUCCACCUCACCGCCUGGGGCCUGAUAGACGACAUGAGCCGCGCCGGCGUGUGGCUCUUCGAACCCGUGCCCGUCUCGCCGUUCCGCAUGAUGGGCUUCGGCGCGCCGGGCAACACGGACUGGUGGCGGUGGGAUGGUGUGGGCUACGGGCUGGGUUGGUAUACCGUCCGCGGGGGGAGGUGGUGGGAGAGCGGUGUGACGUUAUGACUUUUCCCCUUCGUUUUGUCUCUCUCUCCUAUUCAUUCCUUUUUCUCUAAUUUCUCUAGCUGGCGUGGAUAGAUGGGAUAGAUGGGA